AUGUACCUCAUUCAGCUGGCCAUUGAAUAUGGCGCGCCCCUUUUCCUUAUCUCCUCUCCCCUCACGUCCUACCUGGACCAGAUCCUCAGCAUUCACCGGAAUAGGAGUUCGGCUGGGUUUUCGCUCGACAUCCCGUUGAUUAUGCUUGUCGCGUCGAUCUUGAAGGUCUUCUACUGGUUUGGAGAAUACUAUUCCAAGGCCCUGUUGGCCCAGGCUGUGGUCAUGAUCUUCGUGCAGUUGGCGCUGCUCAAGGUUGCUUUGGACAAUCGCCCCGCCGUUGGCGCAAAGAAUGGCAUCGAGCACACACCCUUCAGCGGUGGCUCUCAGGGUGGAUUCAACCGGCCCUAUGAUUUCUGGCAGUGGAAGAACACCAAGCCGUACUGGCUCUUCCUCGCCUACUUUACCGCUGGCCUGACCGUCUUCCACCUUACUCCCAUCUCCGAUUCCCCGACCUAUAUCAGCUUCCUGGGCGCCGUUGGUCUUGCUGUCGAGGCUAUUCUCCCUCUCCCCCAGAUUCUGGCCAACCACCGCUCCGGUUCCUGCAAGGGAUUCCGAGUAUCCGUUCUCGCUGCUUGGAUUCUUGGUGAUACCAUGAAGAUGAGCUACUUCUUCUGCAGCCAGGAGACCAUCCCCUGGGCGUUCAAGCUUUGCGGUAUGUUCCAGUGCGUGUGCGAUCUGUACCUGGGCUUCCAGUACUGGAUGUUCACCCGCGCCUCCGGCCGGGCUGCUGGCAGCUCCGUGGAGCAUGAAGGCCGGUGGGGGCAAGAAGAGAAGGAUAUUCGCAUGAACUGA